AUGACAUCUCUCAACGUGUCGGCCACGGGGGCCGUCCUGCCGCCGCCGGUGCCAGCACCAACGUCAACCCCAUCCCCGACGGCGGAGGGUACGGAGCCUCGACGACUCAAAAGGGAGGCCUGGUGGAGGAUCCAUCUCUUUCGGGGCAUGGUGAAUGACGUGCGGAGGAGAGCGCCCUACUAUGCGAGCGACUGGCUCGAUGCGUGGGAUUAUCGCGUCGUGCCGGCGACGGUGUACAUGUACUUUGCCAACAUCUUGCCCGCCCUUGCCUUCUCGCUCGACAUGUUCCAAAAGACGGGCUCAAACUACGGCGUCAAUGAAGUCCUGCUGGCCUCCGUCCUCGGCGCCGUUGUCUUCUCGCUCUUUGCCGCCCAGCCUCUGGUCAUUGUUGGUGUCACCGUUGGUCUCCCCUCAACAGUUGACCUCCCUGCCAUUUCUUCCUGGUCGUCCGCUGACCCCUCCAGCACCGUAUACGACAUCAUGAAUGGUACGGGCGUAAAUUAUAUCGCCUUCAUGGCCUGGAUCGGCAUUUGGGCCUUGAUUCUGCACUGGAUCCUCGCCGCCACCAACUCCUGCAACUGGCUCCGCUGGGUUACGCGAUUCCCCUGCGACAUCUUUGGUUUCUAUGUCGCCUUCAUCUACCUCCAAAAGGGCAUUCAAGUGCUCGACCGUCUCGGCAGUAAUGCUCCCUUCUAUCUCUCCACUCUCGUCGCCCUUUUGGUCCUCAUGGUUGCCUACUUGUGCGGCCUGCUCGGCGGCGGAAGCCUCUUCCGCCACCCUAUUCGUGUCUUCCUGAAAGACUACGGUACGCCUCUGACGCUCGUUUUCUUCACCGGCUUCGUCCACAUCGGCCGCAUGGAUCAGGUCGAGUUGGAGCGUCUACCGACCGGCGUUGCCUUCAUGCCCACAAGUGGGAGGGACUGGCUUGUGAGCUUUUGGGACUUGAGUGUUGGCAAUGUCUUCACUGCGCUGCCGUUCGCCAUACUGCUGACAAUUUUAUUCUGGUUUGAUCACAAUGUGUCAUCCCUCAUCGCCCAGGGAAGUGAGUUCCCCCUACGCAAACCCGCCGGAUUUCACUGGGACAUCUUUCUCCUCGGUCUUACCACCGGCGUUGCUGGCAUUCUCGGACUGCCAUUUCCAAACGGCCUCAUCCCGCAGGCACCUUUCCACACGGAAUCCCUCUGCGUGACCAAGCCUGCCAAGCUUUCGGGUGACCAUGAUGCCGACGAAAAGCCCAAGCACGCGCUGGAAGUCUCUCACGUUGUUGAGCAGCGCGUCUCGAACCUUUCCCAGGGCCUUCUUACCCUCGCCACCAUGACGGGCCCGCUGCUCGUCGUGCUGCAUCUCAUCCCGCAAGGCGUCCUUGCAGGGCUAUUCUUCGUCAUGGGCCUGCAGGCGCUAGAAGCCAAUGGCAUAACAGCCAAGCUCGUGUUUCUUGCCCGCGAUCGGAGCCUCACGCCGGCAAAGCAUCCCCUCAAAGCCGUGGAGCGCCGCUCUGCCGUCUGGCUCUUUGUCGCCGUCGAGCUCGUCGGCUUCGGCGCUACUUUUGCCAUCACCCAGACCGUCGCCGCCGUCGGCUUCCCCGUCUUCAUUCUUGCUCUGAUUCCCGUCCGCGCGCUGUUGCUGCCACGCAUUUUCAGCGCCAAGGAGCUGGCCGCGCUCGAUGCACCAACUGCCUCCGAGUUUAUCAUGGAAGGCAUCGGCGGUGCCUGGUGUGGUGCGAGUGACGUCAGCAGCGGCGACGAGACUGUUGCGUCGAGCGGUCCGCCGUCGAGCCGUGAGUCGCCCGAAAUAAAUGAUGGGAGCGAUAAUAUAUUUGCCGCCGGCGAAAGGUCCUUUACAAGCCAACUGGACGCAGCGGAGCUGGGGCAGGCGCAGAGCUGUCAGACUGGGGCGAUGAGGUCGCGGCCGAGCGUCGCAAGGCCCGACUCGACGGCGUCAUGA